AUGUCAUUGCAUGUCUGGCUUUCGAUCAAAUGCAGCAGCAACAACAGCAAACGCAACCACGCCAGCCUUCCAAUUGAACCCGACUGCACCGGCGCCUCUCCAAGUGGCACCCACAACGACUCCACAUGCCGUUCCUUCUGCAAAUCCACCAAUGCGUGGCAAUGGGCGUGUGCUCGCACACACGAGGAUAUCCGCAUGUACCUCGAACAGCAUUCCCUGCCGUACAAGGGCGGGGAUUACGUGGGCGGGGAUUACGUGGGCGGGGAUUACGUGGGCGGGGAUUACGUGGGCGGGGAUUACGUGGGCGGGGAUUACGUGGGCGGGGAUUACGUGGGCGGGGAUUACGUGGGCGGGGAGGACGAGGACUGGGGGGACGAGGGAGGGGAGGACGAGGGAGGGGAGGACGACGAGGGGACGGGGGGCAGAGUCCUGCUCAAGGACUAUGGCAGAACCAAGAGUCAAAAGAGAGCAAGUCCAUGCCUCAACCAACUAGACGCAGCAAGGACCUGGCGACCGGAGAGCAGGAGAAAGGACCCCUUGGCUUUCGGGGCCACAGCGUUUAACCACGCAAAGAGCAAGGAGUCGUUUGGCGUCGGUAACAGCAGAGGUGUACAGACCCGCAGGGCUAAGGUGCAGCAGGAGAAGGGCAAGGGAGCCAUGACAGAGAUUCGGAAGGGGGGGCCGAAGAAGCAGCGGAGGUAG